UUUAGCAUGCAUUGUUUAUAUAUGUAGUUGCAUGUUGCAUAAUUGUAUACCGUAAUUUUGUGGAAUAAUUUGUAAAAAAGUAAUUGAUAAUAAUGGAUGAUGAGGAGAGAAAAAGAAAGCUUGAAGCUGGCAAGGCAAAGCUUGCAAGUUUUCAAAAGAAGAGAAGGACUGGGAAAUCCCCUAGAGUCAAACGACGCAAAGAUAAAGAUACUUCAGCGACUGAUGAAGCAUUGAAAUCAGCUGGAGCAGGUGAUAGUAUUGCAGUGCAGACUGGAUCUGACAACACUGAACAUAGAUUAACCUUAUCUGAAGAUUCUGACGUAUCUACAACAGCUGAUGAAAUUUCAACAGAGGAAGAAGCAAGUUAUGCUGGAGGUCUUUCUCCAAGGGAAAGAAUUCAAGAACUUGAACUUACUGUAUCAGAUCAGCAAAUUGCGUUGCAAAAAUUAACAUUGGAAAAUAAGCAGCUUCGAGAUAAAGAAGGGGAACUUGAAGAGACAUUAUUAGCUAGAGACUCUGUGAUUGGAGAAUUAAGAAAAAAUGUUUCAGAAACUGCUUCUCAUGUAAAACAACUUCAAGAAAAUCUUUCCAGUGCCACAGAAUCUGUACGUGCUUCAGAUGGUGACCAAAGCGAGAUUGUGUCUCAACUUGUGGAAGCCAGAAAAGAUCUGAAAACCUAUGUUGAUGCUAUUCAUGGCCAAGAAGAAGCAAUGAAACAAAUGGCAUCCAAACUUGAACAAAAAAGUAUAGAAGCUGAGGAGGCUCAUGAACUAUGCAGAUCACUUAAAGUUGAAUUAGAUAAAACAAGACCAACUCAGACAUACAGCAUUGAUGAUACCCAGUCAGAUGCUAUCCAGGCAUUACGCUCUGAAUUAGAAGAACAACAUGGCCAUCAAAUUGCUUUGUUGAAGAAGGAACUUGAUAAAGCUCGUGAAGAGAUUACUGAACUACAAGAAAGAGAGCAUUAUUCAUUAUUUAAUAGUUGCAUAGUGAUUAUUAUAGUUUAUAACAAUUUGAAAAUACAAUUUUAUGUAUUACUCGAUUUCUACUUCAGAUUUAUUGUUAAUAUAAUAUUAUUGACUUUUUUGAUAUGUGCGAACUGGAUAAAGGAGAGGAGAUUGCUUGAAGAUAACGAUUUGUCAUCAUCAACAAUGGAUGAAUCAGAUAUUCGUGCAUUCAAAGAGCAACUCUCUCAAUUGAGUUUGCAACUUGAAGGUUCAUUCAGAGAGUUGGACAGACAGAAACGAGAUCACGAUAUUGAAGUUGUGAAACUAAAUCAGAGAUUAAUUGGCACAAUAGAUGAAUAUGAAGCCAAAAUUCAAGCUGAAAAAGAAAAUGUUGCUGAAUUAGAAAACAGACUUGACAUGUCUGACACUGUGAGUUCUGAAAUUCAGUCAUCAUUCAGUAAACAGCUUCAACAGUUAGAAGAAGAAAGAGAUGAACUCAAAUCACAAUUGAGAGAGGCACAAAGUGCUGCGAGAGAAAAUGCUAAUUCUGCCAAAUUAAUUGAAGAUCUUGAGGACCAAUUAACCACAUACAAGGCUGAGGUUGAAGAAACAGAAAAGAGAUUGGAAGAAAGAAAUAAACAAAGCAGAAAACAACAAGAUGAAUUGGACAGAAGGAAAGAUGAAAUACAUAAGCAGGAGAAAGAAACCAAAAGACUUGUUGCAGAAAUUACAAACAUGAAAGAAGAAAUUUCAGAAGUCAAAGAUAAAGUCAGAGAACAAGAAGAGGAAUAUAAUAUUUUGAUUCAAAAACAUGCAUCAGAUAUUGAGUCUUUAGAAGAACAACAUCGACGUAAUAUCGAGGAAGUUCUUCAGGAUUCGAGUCAACAGGCCGAUGAAGACAUUCUAAUCGCAAAAGAUGAAGUGAGAAAAGAAAUGGAGGAAAAAAUUCAAGAAAUAAAAGAUGAUCAUUCAAAUGAAUUAAAAGCUGUUCAGAAUCAAAAUCAUAGCCAGAUGGAUGAAUUUAAGAAAGAAAUGGAAAACAAACUACAAGCUGUUAAGGAUACUCUCGAACAGGAAAAGAAAAGUCAAAUGGGAACAGUGAAAGAUGUUCAUGAGAGAACUCGGGAAAGAGAGUUUGAUCAAAUCAAACAAGCUCAUGAAGAAGAGAUUGCGAGAAUGCAACAAGAUCAUGAAACAGCAAUUGAGUCUUUGAAUCAGGAACAUGGAAAAGUAUUGAAACAAUUUAAAGAACGUUUCAAUGAAGAGAAAAUACUGGAAGGAAACAGAAUUCGCAGAGAAAUGGAGGAAGAUUUUGCCUCCAAGAUGCAGCAGCUGCACGAAGAAAAUGAGCAACAGAAAGAAAAAGACAUCGACAGCAUAAAACUUGAUUUGCAAGAAAAACAUGCAGAAGAAAUAAAUCAGUUGGAGAAAAUACAUUCAUCAAGAACUAAAGAGUCGGAAGAUGAUGUUCUACUGAAACAAAAUGAAAUGUGGGAAACUAAAAUAAGGGAACAAGCAGAAGAACAUAAGGAGGCAUUGGAAAAUUUAACAAAAGAACAUGAGCAGAGUAGGAAUCUAUUACAAGAAGAACAUCAAUCAAAAUUAACUGAACUUGAGAACGAGCAUAAAACAAGAUUGGAAGCGAGAGAAGAGGAAAUGAAAAAAUUACUACAGGAACAGAGAGAAGAACAAGAGUCGGCAAUACAGUUGAUUAAAGAUGAAGGUUUUGCUCGGGAACAGAAUGAAAAACAAGUUGCAGAGCAGAUGGAAGCUCUACAACUUCAAUUAACAGAAGCAACUGUUAAAUUAGAAGAAGAAUAUAGUGAAAAAUUAUCUGCCUUGGAAUCAGAACAUAAAGACGAAAAACUAAAAUUGGAAGAAGAAUGUCACAGAUUAAAAGAAACCGUGAAUGAAAUCAACAAAGAAAGAGAGGAAAUAAUAAAUCAAGCUGAAGAAAGUAGAAAAAGAUUGGAAUCGCUUCAUCAUGAAGAAAUGUUAGAAUUGAGAGAACAAUUAGAAACUCAUGUGCAUGAACAUAAAGAAAAGUUAAAACGAAUGCAAGUUGAAAUGGAAUCCAGUCGUACUUCUAGAUCUCAGUUACAGGAACUGAAGGAAGAACUAGUUGCUCGAAAUGCUACUGUUGAGCAAGUGGAAUUACUGAAAUCAGAAUUCAACGAAAAAGAAAAAGUUUUGUUGUCGCAACAUGAACAGCUUGUUGAAAAUUUAAAAGAAGAACAUGAAGCAGAAUUAUCAAGCAUGAGAAACCAACUCGAAGCGAAUCUGCCUUCUGCAUCUGGUGAUUACGAACAAUAUAGAAGUGAUCUAGAGAAAGAAUUGAUUGAAUACAAAGAAAAACUUGCUGCUGCACAAGCGAAUCUUGCAUCAAUAUCAGCAUCAUCACCCAUGAGACCAAUGUCAUCUGCUUCUGAUUAUGAUCCUGCUAAUAUUUCUGCAAUGAAAAAAGAUAUAAGAAAUGCUUUGACUAUCACUCACAUUUCUGAUGUUUCUGGGAUUGGUGACGAACUCGAGGAAGGUGUUCUUCAUAUGACAACCGAAGAUGAGGAGAUGUUGGAAGAGGGAGAACUUCCUACUCUAGAAGAAGGAGAUCUGAUUGAGAGCAAGGAGAGUCAAGUAACAGAGCAGGAGAAGGAUGAAGAUGAGUCAUCGUCAUCAUCUUCUUCUUCAUCAGAUGAGGAUUCUGUUCACGAGGAGAAAGAAGAGGUAGUUGCUCAACUGCAAGAUUCACAACAACUCAGUGAGAGUGUUGAUAUUGGAAAUGAAAUUGAGAUUUUAACAUCAAAAGUAGAGGAAUUGCAGAAUGAGUUGCUUCAAAUGACGGAUUCUCAUAAAUCAGAAAUGCAAGAAUUGAUGCAAAAUUAUGAAACACAAUUACAAAAUAAAGACACAGAAUUUGAAGAAAGCAAAAAUCAAGCUUUGAAAGAAAUAGAAGAUCAAUAUAUUGCAGAAAAAGAAGAUCUUCUGCAAACACAUGCAAAUGAGAUUAAAACUUCACAAGAGCAACAUGAAAAUGAAAUAAUGCAAUUGAGAUUGAAAUGUGCUUCUGAAACUGCAAGUCAGGUUGAUGAUGAACUCAACAAACUUAGAAAUGAACUCGAGAAUUUUCACAAAAAUGAGAUUGAAAGUUUGAAGUUAGCAAUGGAAACUCAGAUGAAUGAAAAAAUUCAGGAAAAAGAUGGUGAAAAAGAAGAUGCUUUGUCAAAACUCUCUGAAGAACACUCGAGCAGCAUGCAAGAAAAAAUAUCCGUUCUCAUGUCUGAAUUGUAUGAACAAAAGCAGGAAAGUUUACAGAAGCUUUCUGAUCAACAUCAAGAUGAAUUGAAAAAAAUUCAAAAUGAAAAUGAUAAGUUAACUGAAGAGAGAACUGAAAACCAUCAGAAGGAGAUUGAGAGAUUGAAUGCUGAUAUACAGAAUGCUAAACAAGAAUAUCAGAAAUUGCUAGGUAGUUUAGAAGAUGGUGACAAUGAUCAUAUCAAAAUGAUUGAAGAUCAACACAAAAAUGAAAUCGAAAAAAUAAAAAAGCUACUUGCAGAGGAAAAUGAAAUCAAAUUGAGAAAGCAAGCAGAAGAAUUUGAACAGUCACAAUCAGAAUAUGUCAAACAACAUCAACAACAAAUAGAUAAAUUUGUAAAUGAGAGAGAAGAAGACAUUCGCCGAGUGGAGGAAGCAAAACAAAAGGAAUUAGAUGAACUUGAUCACAAAUAUAAAGAAGAAAUCAAAAAUCUUCAACUGAAAUUAGAGGAAGGAAAAUUGUCAGAGCAAUCUGAAAUUGAAGACAAAUUUGAAGAAGAAAAAAAUAAGUUGAAAGAAGAGUUUAAUGAAGAGUUGAAAGUAGUUGCAACUAAACUUGUGGAAAUUAAAGAAGAAAGAGAUGAAUUAUUAUCACUGAGAGAUCAACUGCAAUCUCAAUUACAACAUAUUGAAUCAGAACACGAACAAGCACAAGCUGAAUUGAAGGCAGCUCUGAUAGCUCAUCAUAUGGAAAAAUUUCAGGCUGCUAUUACUGAACUUGAUCAACAUCAUUUGGAAGAAAUGGAAAAAUUACGACAAGAUCAUGAGAAAGAGACUGAUCAAUAUAAAAAGGUUGCAGAAGAUCUUAUUCAGAAGAUGAAAGAUCUGGAGGAAGAAUAUAAAUCCAGCAUCUCGUCUUUGAAAGAAGACAAAGAAUCUUCUGUUCAGAAUCUUGAGAUGGAAUACAGAGAGAAAUUAGAAGAAGAAAAGAUUGAACAUGGUUCAGCCAUUACAUCAAUGAGAGAAGCUCAUGAAGCUCAAAUGCUUGCAAUUCAAGAAGAACAUGAUGCUCAGCUCAGGUUGAUUGAAGAGGAAGUUGCAACACAGAAUAUGAAUCACAAAGAAGCACUCAAUAAUAUCUUACAAUCACAAGCAAUUAAACUUGGUGAAUUACAACAACAAUUCGACGUUGCAUUGAAUGCAACAAAAGCAGAAGGACAACAACAGGUCGAAUUGUUGGAAGGAAAAGUAAAAGAGCUUGAGAAUAGAUUAGAAAAAGCUACAAAUCUUCAGGAAGAUCUCAAAGCUGCAAAGUCAGAAACUGAAAAUAUUGAAGCUGAAGCUUCUUUACAACAAAAUAUCUCAGAAAACCUAGAAGCAUAUGAAAUUCAGCUUAAAGAGCUUACAAAAGAACUUGACAAAUCCAAAGAAGAAAUCGAUUCAAUGAAUUCAAAGAUUGAGUUUGAACGAGCUGAAUAUGAAUCGGAGAUUGAUCAAUUGCAAGAUGAAUUAAGGAAUAAAGAAGAUAAUGUUAAGGAAUUGGAAAGUGAAUUAUCAAAGAACAAAAAUGCUAUUGAAAAAAUGAAUGAAAAAUUUGAAACAAUAACUUCAAGAAGAGAUAGAGAAGGAAAAGAAGAAGAUAAUUUAAUUCAUAUGUUGAGAGAUGAUCUGGAUAGAAUUAACGAAGAAAGGGACCAACUGAGCAAUGCGAAUCAACAACUGCUUUCAACUAUCACUGAAUUAGUUCAAGCAAAUCAUAAAUGCGAAGAUAUAAUAACAAAACGAUUACAGUCAUUGCCUGGGGAUCGUAGUAGAGACUCCACGAAGCUUUCUCGCUCUGAUCUGAAAUCGAAGGAUGUAACCGAAAGAAAAGAGGAAUCCUCGUCCUCUAGUGAGUCUGAUCCAUCUACUACACCAUCUUCACCUAAACUAGAAGUGAGUACGGGCACAGGCAGUUUUGUUGACGAAGGGCUUGAUUUAUCGCAAAGAUUAGCUGAAUCAAUGUUUGCCGGUCCCGAGCUCGAUACUUCAGCAAGGGAUGUUGCAGUUGGAUCAGGAACAAGAUUGACUCAAGCUGUAGAGAAGUUAAUUGAUGCUCUUCAACCUAAUAUUGAGCAGUUGAAUGGAACACAACAAGCGCAACUUCUUCUUGGAGAAGAUUUUGACCAGGAUAAAAAAUCUCAGAAGAAGAAAAAAGAAGUUGAAGACGAUGAAAGUGAUGACGAUUCUUCAAGUAAAACAUCAGAAUCUGGAGAUGCAAGAAAUGUGGAAACUGUCCUGGCCGACUACAUGAAUCAACAGAUCGAUUUAGAGAACAGGAUUCAGGAACAAGAAAAAGAAACUGAAAAUCUUAAAUCUGAACUCGAUAACUUAAGAACACAGAAUCAUAAACUACAAGAAGAACUCAAUUUAUUGCAAAAACAGAAAGAAGCAUUCAUGAAAGAAGGAGACGAAGCAGAAUUGAGUCUUAUUAAGCUUACUGAAGAGCUUGGAGCUGAGAAACAAGCUAUUUCUGAUCAAUAUGAAGCAUCAAGAAUACAUUUUGAAAAACAAGCUCAACAACUUGAGGCUGUUUUUGAAACAGAAACAAAGAAAAUGGAGGAGAAAGAGAAUGAGCUUAAGAUGGAAGUAGAUGAUCUCACUACUCAAAUUGAAGCACUUCAGAAACAUGUAUCGUCAAAUUCCAAGUUUUCUGCAGAACAAACAAAUGAAAGAGAAAUUGAACGAGAACAGUUUCAGCAGGAGAUUGAUAACCUUCAAGAAGAAUUGAAUAAAAAGCAUGAUUUACAUCGAUCUGAUUCUAAAUUAACUGAAGAGGUUUCUCGCCUUGAAGAAGAGAUGGAGGCAAGGGAACUUGCUCAUCAGGAGCAAAUUUCUAAAAUGCAAGAAGAGGAAGAAAAAAUGAAGAAGACAAUCCAGGAAUAUGAGGAAAAUUUACAGGAAUUGAGAGGAGGUUCUGAGCAAUCCGAGAUUGAUGUAGUGAAAGCUCAACUGCAAGAUAUGACAGCGGAAAGAGAAGUUAUCCAACAGGAACUGUAUGAUAAUCUUCUAAAGGUUUCUGCUCUUGAAGCUAAACUUGACCAAUACAAGCAUAAUGGUGACAUGCCAGGUGGUGGUGCUGGAGAUCAAAGUCAGGUUGAAAGACUUAGAAUGAACUUGGAUCAAGAAAGAGAAGCUCACGAGUCAAAAGACAAUGAGAUUGAACAUUUAGUUGGAGUUCAUGCACAGUUGAGAGCAGAAAUCAUCGAAAAAGAAGAUGAAGUAGAACGCUUGCUACAUGAGAUUGAAACUUACAAAGAAUUAGAAGCUGAAAAUAUUAAAUUAAAAGAGGAGCUGAGAGUUAAAGAAGCUGCGGAAUCCUCUGCUGUUGAACCUUCUCGUGCCGAGGAACUUGAAGCUCUCUCACGCCAACUCCUGGAUGAGAAAAAUGCAGAAAUUGAUGAAUUAGAAAAUAAAGUCAAAAUGCUUGAAAUAAAAGCAGAGAAAGAUGAUGAUUCUUCUUCAGAAUCUUCUUCUGAUGAUGAAAAAGAGGAUGAUUCAAUGCAGAAACUGAAAGAAGAGAAUCUUCAUCUAAGAUCUAAACUAGAUGAAUCAGAGAAAAAGCUGGAAACGAAAGAAUCCUCAGAGAAAAUGGAGGAUGAAGUUUUACAACAGAAGAUGGAUCCAGAUAAGGAUGUAGAGGAAUCUCAUCCUGCUAUGGAAGAAGAAUUGGAACAAUUAAAACAAGAAAAUGAGAAAUUGAAGAAUGAGGUACAGGAGAUGAAGAAAGUAACAGAAUCCAACGUAUCUCUUCUUGGAGUAUCCCCAGAAACCAAAGAAAAGAUUCAUCAUUUAGAGGAAUUGUUGAUGGAAGAAAAACCUGAAACACAAGAAGAAAAAGGAACAUCAGAAUCAGAAUCAAGUUUAGUUGAAUCUGUAUCUGACGGAAAACCAAAACAUUCGGAAAUUAUUCAAGAAAAACUUCAUGAACUUGAAAAUGAACUAAAAUCUCAGCCUAACAGUAUUCUUGGAAGGAUAUUAGCAGAAAAGGAUGACAAAAUACAAAAACAAGAUUCUAAAAUCAAAAAAGCAGAAGAUGAAAUGUCGGAACAAAAAGAUAACGUUACUAAACUACAAGACAAAAUUUCAAACUUGGAGGAGAAUUCUUUGAAACCAGACGUCAAAGUACGAAUGAAAUCGAAAGGAAAGACUUCGAAAGGAAAGGAAGGAGAACAAAAAGAUAUUGAUAUUGAAAAGGAUUCUCGGUCAUCAGCUGCAUCAUCAUCAGAUGAAGAUUCUUCAGUUUCAUCUCUUGAUCAGGAGACAUCGAUCACAGAUCAAGAUGUUCAUGAUGCUCCACAGGAAAAAGUGCAAGUAGAAAGCGAUGAUAAAUCUCCAGAAGAAUUGAAAAUUCUUGUCGAUCAGCAGGAGAAAGAUCUCAUACAUAAAGAUGAAUUGUUGGAGAAUCAUACAAAAUUACUUGCAGACAAGCAACAGGAAUGCUCAGAUCUACUUGAUACGAUUGCUGUAAUGGAGAAAACAUGCAAGGAAUUACAAGAUGAAAUUGAACAAAGAGUAAGUGAAUCACAAAGUGAACCUGGGAUUUCAUCACUUGCUGAAAUGACAGAAGAGGAUAUUCUAAAUUUACCUGCAGUACAAGAGGCUUUAAAUAAAGCAACUGAAGAUUUAGAAAAAGCUUUGAAGACAACUGAACAUGAAAUAGCUUCAUCAAAAGAAGAAAAAGAAAGGCUUGUUUCUGAACUUGGCGAUGUACAGCGAGAAUAUAUGGCUCUUCUGAAUGAAAGUAAAGAUGUUCAAAUGAUGCAGGAAAAUCAGAAUGUGUUACAGGAUAAAAUCAAAGAUCUAGAAGGACUCGUAGCGGAACGAGAAUCAGAAUUACAACAGGCACAACAAGAAUAUGAUGAAUUACAAAAACAAACUCAUCAACUGAUGCAGGAUGUUGAAAUCCUUAAGCAACAAGAUCCGGAUACAGAUAAGGAUGGAAAAAUUGAAGAGUUAGAGCAAACAUUGCAGAGGAAAUUAUCAGAAUAUAAUAGAUUAUUACAAGAAUUACAACAAAAAGAAGAAACUGUUGAAACUCUGGAACAACAAAUUGAAAAUUCAAACCAACAAUCAAAGGCCCAUGAAGAUGAAAUUGAAUUGUUGCAAAAUGAACAACAAAUUUUAAAUUCUGAAAACGAGAAAGUUCAGCAAGAAACUGAACAACUCAAAGCUAAAGUAGAAGAAUUAGAAAAUAUGGUUUCUGAAAAAGAAAAGGAAAUAGAAAAUAAAGAAAAAGAACUUGACACCAUCAAAAAAGAAAGAUUUAUUGAACCUCAAUCUGCAAUGCUAUUUGAAGAGGGUUCCCUUGAGGAGGAAGAUGCAUCCAACUCAUCUUCAUCAUCUGAUGAGGAAGAAUUGAAGCAGGUGGAUUCAAGUCUUUCUAUAGAAGAGAUGACAAAGACUCAUGAAGCUGAGAUGGAGAGUUUGAAGAAUAAGUAUUCUCAAGCUCUCACUCGAGUUGUUGAGGAAACAAGAAAGCAACUUGAGGAGGAACAUGAGAAGCAGAUGAGUGAGAUGCAAAAUAAACACAAGAAGGAAAUUACGGGAAUUUUAUCAGAAUCAUUUAAUGGUGAAAGUGAAUUGGCAAAGAAAUUGAGAGAAGAGUUAGAUUUGGCCGAUCAACUUGAUCAAAAUUUGAUGGGUCAUCUGGCUUCUGGAGGAGUGGACGAUAAUGAAGAUGAUGACGUUGAUAUCUCUACUAAAUUGCAGGUGAAAUCAAAUAUAAAGGGUCUUCUCGAUCGUAUCCAUAAUGAGGGAGUUCAGGUUUUAUCUUUAUCAGAACUUCAAUUUCUGAAAUAUCAUCAACAACAUCAACCAACAACAAGAACAAGCAGUACAACACCACCACCUAUUCCUGCUACUGUGGAAGAAGCCCAACAGACCUCCAUGAGAUUAGAAGAAGACAUGAAUCAACUAAGGAAAUCAUGGGAGAAUGAAAAACUUGCUUUAUUAAAUGCAAUUCAGGCAUUGAAAGAAUUAUGUAUGCAAACAAAUGCUGAUAAUUCAAAUGAGCCAUUGCCUGAAACUGAAGAUCCUCGAGGAGAUCUGAUUCAUGCAGUUUCCGAUGUAUUUGAGAAAGAACGUGACGCUCUUAUUGCUGAAUUACAAACAAGUGUUUUGGAAGCUCAACAACAGAAUGCAAGAAAGAGUCCUGGUUUCGAUGAACAAGAAAUUAAUGUUGCAAAAGAAAAAUUACAGGAAUUGGAAGAGAGGAUAAAACAACAGGGUGAACAACAUACUGAUGCAAUUCAAAGAUUAUUGACUGUUGAGAGAGAUUCAUUAAUAAAUGAAAUUAAAGAUUUGAGGAACGAUAGAAAACAAAAUUUAAAACAGGCUGAAGAAAGAAUACAUCAUCUAGAAUCUCAACUAAGUAAUAAUGGAAACUCUAAUUCUCAGAAUGUUCAAAUGCUGCAAAGUCAAAUUGAGCGACUUGAAUAUAAACUCCAACAAGAAAGAGCGUUAGCAGCUGAUGUGAGAUCAUCACUUGAAGCCGAGAGAGUACGAGCCACUGAUCAUCUGCCUGCCUUACAGAGAGAACGAGAUCGUUCCGUCGAAUUAGAUAAUGAAAUCGGGCGUUUACAAAGAAAAUUAGCAGAAGAUGCUGAAGCUACUAGAGCUCGAACAGAAGCCUUACAGGUCGAGCUUGAUGAUAAUCGAGGACAUUUAGAAGAUUUGCAAAAUAAACUUUCCGAAGCUCGUGAAAAAUUAACGGAAGCAGAAGAAGAAGCGGGACAAGUGAAGCAUGACCAUGACAAAAACAGAUCUCAAGAUGCUAGAACGAUACAAGAUCUCAAACAUGCAUUGAUUGCGGAAGAAAAUAAACGCGGAAACUUGGCAAAAUCGUUGGAGGCGGAGAGAAAUAAUGUCGCACAACUACAUGAGGAAUUAGCAACAUUGCGUGCUGAUUCCCACCAAGAGAUUGAAACUGGAAAAAUCAGAUUGGCUGAUAUGGAAGACACAGUUGUUGCUGAAAAACGAAAAUGCGAUGAUUUGAAUGCAGCUCUCCAGAGAGAACAAGAGACAAGUGAGAGAUUGAGAGGAACAAUAGAAGAAGAGAGAUCAUUGGCUAAUGAAGGCAGACAACAUGAUCGUGACACUGUCAAUGAUUUGCAAAGAAUAUUAGAUGAUGCGAAAACUGAAACAGAAAAAUUACAGAGGAAAAUCGAUAUUUCAGAAAGAGAAGCAAGAGUUGCAAAACAACAAUUAGAAGACGCUCAAGCUAUACAUCAUGAUGCAAUAGAAGCUGAAAGAGCUGUCAGAGACCAAUUACAAUCAGCCCUCGAUAAUAUACAAGAACAAAAGCAAGAUGCUUUGAUGAAAUUACACAAUAUGGAAGAUCAAAUGAGAAGACAGAAUCUGGAGAAUCUCAUCACAAAUGCUGGAGUACCUGCAUCUUCAACUACCAAUGAUGGCUUGAUGGCAAAUAGGAGACAACUUGAAUCUUUAAGACAAAGAUUACAGAUGGAAUCAACUAAAUUACAGGAUUUAAUGUCAAAAACAGCGCAACGACUUCCUGUCACCCUGCCUACUGAUAGUUUCAAUCAACCUGAUGAAGCAGCUCGUGAACUUGCAUCUGAAAUUGAACAAGUUGAUUCAGUGAAACGAUCACUUGCUGAAAUGCAACAAGAAUUAAGAGAAAUGUAUUCAACAUUAUCCGUGCCACAAAGAGAAAAAUCUGGAAUUCUUUCAGAUUCCUCUCCAUUCAAUGAUAGAUUGAUGGACCAAAAUGCAGAAUUAGUUAUGUUAAAUACCAAGCAUACAGAUGAGAAAAUAGCAUUGAGAGAUGCUUUAAGAAGAUUGGAAGAAGAAGUUUGGAAAGCAAGAGUUAGCUCUGAAGAUAACAGUAGAAAUGCUGAUGACACGAAGCAACAUCAACAGCAAGUACAAGAGAUGGCAAGCAGAAUGCAUCGUCUCUAUGUCAGAUAUUUAAGAGCUGAAAGUUUCAGAAAAGCACUUGUCUACCAAAAGAAAUAUCUUCUGCUACUAAUUGGAGGAUUCCAGGAAUGUGAAGAAGCCACUCUUGCAUUGGUGGCAAGAAUGGGAGCUUAUCCUAAUGAUGAUUCAGACCAUCGUCCUUCACAUAGAUCCACAGCUUUCAAAAGAUUCAGAUCUGCUGCUCGCGUUAUUAUGGCUGUAUCUAGAUUGAAAUUCUUGGUUCGAAAAUGGAGUCGUACCAGCAGUUCGAUUUCUGCUUCAAUUCAAGAAAAACAUGGAACUGGUCCAAUUACAAAUGGACACCAUGCUCCUCACUCUUCUUCACAUAGACGACCUAGUCGUUCUACAUCACCUCAUCAUCUUCGUCCUAUGUCAUCUACCUCAGCCCACACAUUGGGUGAAAAGUCACCUAGUCCUACUCCAUUACCUAGAUAUAGAGGCGAAAGCUACGACACUCAUGUACCAUCAUAUGAACCAUACAGACAAACUCUGAGAGCCGCUGCUCAACACAUGGAUACAACUCCAACAAAACUUUCAGAAUCACCUUUAUCCCCUGUUGGUGCUUACGGUGCAUCAUCAUCGUCUGGUGCACGGCCAAGGAAUGCAUAUACUCGAUCCACCACGUCACCCUAUCUUAAUUCAUACGGUGAUCAACCAUCUGCAACAGCAUUACGAUAUCUUAAUGGAAGCGGUAGACCUGGUACUAGACCCAGACCUAGAUCUUACCACACUGACUAUAGAACUCCAGAUUUGUCAGCAAUGUCCUAUUCAAGAACACAACCUGGAGAGUCUGAUCCAUCCUUGAAUGAAUAUAUUCAGAAAUUGGAGAAUCUACAUCACAGAUUAGAACAAAAUCCUCAUCGCUAUCAGAGAUAGAUCCAUCAAUCUUUCAACUGCAGAGAUUGAAAUGAUCUAUUAUUUAUUCAAGAUAGCAUUUGUGAUAAGUUGAGGUUCCUAACUUGCAACAUAGGAUCAUAGUGCUGUUAGAUGAUCUGCUAUGAGACAAUCAUCUUGUUAUGGGAAAAAAAUUGUCCAAUGUCCGUCAUACAAUAAGCGAUUAUAGGAGUAUUGAAUGGUUGUAAUGGUCUUCAUUAUUGCGUGAUCUGAUUCAGUCACACUGGCUUGCCACUUAGUUGACUUUUUCCUGGGAUGCAAAUACGAAAAUCCUCAUUUAUUUGAAUUCCUAUAAAUUCUGAAAUAAAAUUUCCAAAUUUACCAUAUACUGCAGCAUGUUUAUUGUUAUAACAAAAUAUAUAUACUUUCUUUAAAACACUAUAUUUUUCUGAAUGGCUGGUACUAGUACUUCUCUACAGCUUCUGCAGAUUUUUGUAACUUGUAGUACAUUGUAGCUGUGGCAAAUUACUAUUAAUAUUAUAAAUAUUAAGCUUCAAAGACAUUAUAUUUACUGCUGAUAUGUAGGUGUGUAUAUAAGAUUGUUUAUAUAUGUAUUAUGAUGAACAUUGUGUAAUAUAGCCUUUGCGAAUUCAAUCUAUCUUGUAUGCUUGCUUAAGUUCAAACUAUGAUAACUAAGAGAAUUUGUAUUAGUUUUUCGUUUUGACACCACCUGUAUAUUUAUUGAGUAAUGCCCUAUGUCAUACUUCGUUCAUAGUCACAUUUUUGUAUAGCCUUUCCCAUUUUCAACAUUUUUUUUUGAUGUACAUAUUUUUUGCCUUUUUUUUUUAUAAAUGACAAUACUCGUGCUUUAGUUGUAAAUAUUUUUUAUACCAGACGUUAAAUUUUUUUGAUUUUUUUUCUACACAAAUCUGUGCUGUUAAUUCACUUUAUCUUUGGAACAUGUAUGAUAAUCGCACAAAACUUUACAUCUUCAGUAGUAAAAAUAGAGAUAUAUUAUACAGCCAUGCUAGUUAGAAUGCAAUUCUUCAACAUUAUUUGAUGCAAAUGUGAGCUGCGCUGUCUUUGUGCUUUAAGAGCUGAACUGAAUAUAUAUAAAUCGCUAUUUGAAGCUUUUGUACGUUAAUUUGCAGAUUCAAGGCUUUUUUUACACAAUAUUUUGUUUAUUUAUGGUAUUACAAACAACAAAAAAGCAUGUUACAGAUUUGUUGAUGUCAAAAUAAAUUUAUUCAUAUAUUUUUAAAA